GGGAGGAGCGGGGUGGGGGCUUCCCUUGGAGCGGCCCCUCUCGAUGGGCCUCAGCCCAGCGGAGCCGGCGCUAUGGCUGCUCUCUACCAGAGCUCGGACCCGUCGGCCUCGGCUUCCCCAAACAAGCUGCUGGCGCUGAAGGAUGUCAGGCAGGUGAAAGAGGAGACCACCUUGGACGAGAAGCUCUUCCUGCUGGCCUGCGACAAAGGUGACUAUUACAUGGUAAAGAAACUUUUGGAAGAAAAUAGUUCUGGUGAAAUGAACAUAAAUUGUGUGGAUGUGCUUGGGAGAAAUGCUGUUACCAUUACUAUUGAAAAUGAGAAUCUAGACAUACUACAGCUCCUCCUGGAUUAUGGCUGUCAGUCUACAGAUGCAUUAUUGGUGGCCAUUGACUCAGAAGUUGUUGGAGCUGUCGAUAUAUUACUUAAUCAUCGGCCAAAACGAUCCAGUAGACCAACAAUUGUUAAAUUAAUGGAACGCAUUCAGAAUCCAGAAUAUUCUACAACCAUGGAUGUGGCGCCUGUCAUUUUAGCUGCUCACCGUAACAACUAUGAAAUCCUUACUAUGCUGUUAAAACAGGAUGUGUCACUACCUAAACCUCAUGCUGUGGGCUGUGAAUGCACGUUGUGUACAGCCAAGAACAAAAAAGAUAGCCUACGGCACUCCAGGUUACAAUUUCGUCUUGACAUAUAUCGAUGUUUGGCCAGUCCUGCCUUAAUAAUGUUGACAGAAGAGGAUCCAAUUCUGAGAGCCUUUGAACUUAGUGCAGACUUAAGAGAACUAAGCCUUGUAGAAGUUGAAUUCAGAAAUGAUUAUGAUGAACUAGCCCAGCAGUGUAAAACCUUUGCUAAAGAUUUGCUUGCACAGGCGCGGAAUUCCCGGGAACUUGAAGUUAUAUUGAACCAUACAGCAAGUGAUGAACAUAUAGAUAAACGAGGACUGUUAGAAGAGAGAAUGAAUUUGAGUCGGCUAAAGCUUGCUAUUAAGUAUAACCAAAAGGAGUUCGUUUCCCAGUCGAAUUGCCAGCAAUUUCUCAAUACUGUCUGGUUUGGACAAAUGGCAGGUUACCGCCGCAAGCACACGUUUAAGAAGAUUUUGACAGUCUUGACAGUCGGGAUCUUUUGGCCGUUACUGUCUUUUUGUUACUUAUUGGCCCCAAGAUCUCGAAUAGGCCGAAUAAUUCAUACGCCUUUUAUGAAGUUUAUUAUUCAUGGAGCUUCAUAUUUCACAUUUCUGCUGUUACUAAACUUAUACUCACUUGUUUACAACGAAGACAAAAAAAAUACAAUGGGGCCAGCAUUGGAGAGAAUAGACUAUCUUCUAAUACUUUGGCUCAUUGGAAUGGUGUGGUCAGAUGUUAAAAGACUUUGGUAUGAUGGCUUAGAAGACUUCUUAGAAGAAUCCCGAAAUCAACUUAGUUUUGUCAUGAAUUCUCUCUACCUGGCAACUUUUGCUCUCAAAAUAGUUGCUCAUAAUAAGUUCCACAAUUUUGCUGAGAGGAAGGAUUGGGAUGCCUUCCAUCCUACACUGGUGGCAGAAGGUCUGUUUGCUUUUGCUAAUGUUCUCAGUUACCUCCGGCUUUUCUUUAUGUAUACCACAAGCUCUGUCCUGGGGCCACUUCAGAUUUCUAUGGGACAGAUGCUGCAAGAUUUUGGAAAAUUUCUUGGAAUGUUCCUUCUUGUGUUGUUCUCAUUCACAAUUGGGUUGACCCAACUCUAUGAUAAAGGAUUUACUGUGAAUGAAGAGAAGGACUGUGCUGGGAUCUUCUGCGAGCAGCAAAGCAAUGACACAUUCCAUUCGUUUAUUGGCACCUGCUUUGCGUUGUUCUGGUACAUAUUCUCCCUUGCACAUGUAGCCAUAUUUGUCACCAGAUUUAGCUAUGGUGAAGAACUGCAGUCUUUUGUGGGUGCUGUUAUUGUUGGCACUUACAAUGUAGUCGUUGUGAUUGUCCUUACCAAGCUCUUAGUGGCGAUGCUUCAUAAAAGCUUUCAGCUGAUAGCAAAUCAUGAGGAUAAAGAAUGGAAAUUUGCUCGUGCCAAGCUCUGGCUUAGCUAUUUUGAUGACAAAUGCACACUACCUCCACCUUUCAAUAUUAUUCCCUCUCCCAAGACUAUCUGCUAUCUGUUUAACAGUCUCAGUAAGUGGAUCUGUUCUCAUACAUCAACUGGCAAAGUCAAGCGGCAGAAUAGCUUAAAGGAGUGGAGAAAUCUGAAGCAGAAGAGGGAUGAGAAUUACCAAAAGGUGAUGUGUUGCUUAGUUCAUCGUUACCUGACUUCCAUGAGGCAGAGAAUGCAAAGUACUGAUCAGGCGACUGUAGAAAACCUCAAUGAACUACGGCAAGACUUAUCAAAAUUCCGAAAUGAAAUGAGAGAUCUACUUGGCUUCCGGACUUCAAAAUAUGCUAUAUUUUAUCAAAGAAACUAAGGUUCUAGAUUUUAAAAUAAAAUGCCUACAUUGAGGCACCUUCAUGUGAAUAUUUUUUUGUUAU